GAAACUUCAUUUCUAUAUUUUUGACUGUCUCAUGCUUGCCCCUGGGGACAAUGUGUCCCGCUCUCCCAGAACAGUCUCCAUCGAGCAAUCGCUGACCCCUUGAAAAAGCCCGAAUGGUUUAGGCAAUAUAUACGGAAGAAGAUAGGCGCCAAGACUCUUAUAAUUGGAUACACCCUCCGACAGGGGAGUCGGAAUUCGAACUUUUGGACGCAGGACAUCCAUGCGAUGGGCAGAAUGUGGCAAGCCAGUGAUGUUGGAGUACUUGCUGCAAACGGUUAUUACAAAACGGCGUUAGAAUGGGUCACCGCGAGGGUUAUGGUGAUGCCCAACCAAACGGAUCAGUAUUUCGUAGUGUAUGACGGAGAACCCGAAGCGAAGAAUCUGAAAAAUGGGAAGUUCAACCCAACUCCGACUAUCAGGGGGCACAUUGGAGGAGGAGGGGCCAAUAAAGUCGAUACUAAGUAGGUGGACGGAGAAACAUCUAAGUUCUUAAGUGAAGGAGUUUUGGGAGAGGUUGGAAGGCUUCAGAUAGAUGAAUGACGGACGAUGGAUGAAGAGGUAUCUCAAUCCUUGGCGGGUGUGUCUUAUUAUGGAUAGUUUCCUAUCUUUAACCUCAAAGC